AGAGAGCGCUAGCUACAGUUAGCAUGCUGCAUGUUUACUUUGCACGCGAUCACAAAACUCGAUAACAUGUUCUUAAAGAUCAUGAAAUAUGUCACAGGAAAUGAAGGAUGUGAGUGUGUAUUUCCGUCCGCUGCUGGAGCUCAGAGACGUCGUGCUCCUCACACACAGAGUCCUGCAGGACUUUCCCAACACAAUCCUGCCUGAAUUCAAACCCUGGUUCCCGUCAGCGUCAGACUCCCGAAAACCCAUCAGACCACGGAAACCUCCACCACUGAUCUCCUCCUCCGAGAUCCCUCUCCAGAUCCCACUCCAGAUCCCAAACGAGAUCCCACACCAGAUCCCAAACGAGAUCCCACACCAGAUCUCACUUGAGAUCCCACACCAGAUCUCACUUGAGAUCCCACACCAGAUCCCAAACGAGAUCCCACUCCAGAUCCCAAACGAGAUCCCACACCAGAUCCCAAACGAGAUCCCACACCAGAUCCCAAACAAGAUCCCACUCCAGAUCCCACACCAGAUCCCAAACGAGAUCACACACCAGAUCCCAAACGAGAUCACACACCAGAUCCCAAACGAGAUCCCACACCAGAUCUCACUUGAGAUCCCACACCAGAUCCCAAACGAGAUCACACACCAGAUCCCAAAUGAGAUCCCACACCAGAUCCCAAACAAGAUCGCACACCAGAUCCCAAACGAGAUCCCAAACGAGAUCCCAAACAAGAUCCCACUCCAGAUCCCACACCAGAUCCCAAACGAGAUCCCACACCAGAUCCUAAACGAGAUCCCACUCCAGAUCCCAAACAAGAUCCCACUCCAGAUCCCAAACGAGAUCCCACUCCAGAUCCCACACCAGAUCCCAAACGAGAUCCCACUCCAGAUCCCACACCAGAUCCCAAACGAGAUCCCACACCAGAUCCCACGGGAAGCUUCAGACUCCAGAUCCCAGAGUAAACCGGUCCCGGAUCCUCAGAGGUUCGAGCGCUCGUGGUGUGUGAUCUCACACAGAUCCGCUCCGCUCCGGAUCCCGCGCUCCUUCUCCCGUCCCUUCCGGCAGAUCAUCGAGGAUCACGGGCUGGAUCUGCGUCAGCGGGUGAAGUGGGUUGUGUGUGAGCGUAACUGUGGCUCUCGCGGCCUGGAGGUUCUGUGGCGGGAUCUGAUCCGGGCCGUCCGGCGUUCCCGAAUGCCCUCCUGCAACGCAAACUUCCAGCGAGCGCUGGCGCAGAUCUGGCUUUACUGCGACGUCUUCUUCUGCGAGUAUAUCGGGGACUUCCUGAAGCAGGAGUUCCAGCUCUCAGGGAAAAUCACACUGACGGUGCAUAAACUCGGAGAAUUAAUUAAGUUAUGAGGUUUUAAUGACAUACUGUAAAUGUGAAACAGAGUGAAAAUGUAUCAUAUUUAUAAUUGGCCAUAAAUGAAUUGUUUGUUUUUAUAUGAUAUGUAUUUUACACCCGUAUUAAAAUGUGCUGUGUGUUUCA